AGUCGCUGAUGCGCUGCUCCUUGUGCUUCCCCGCCAGGUGUUGUCCCUCUGGCUUCCCAUGUCCUGUGACCAGGAGGAUUUCUUCAAAGAGUAUCUCAAGAUGAUGGUGCACAUUUUCGUUCUGAACUUGCUCAUGUGCAUCUCACUGGCCUUCUGGAUCGUGUCCAUGACUGCGAGUACGUACUACGGUACUUUACGACCAAUUUCUCCAUGGCGCUGGCUUUUUUCAAUCUUGAUUCCACUAGUGAUUGCAACACGGGGUUUAAAGAAGAAGAGUCUUGAUCACAGUGGUGCAGUGGGAGGACUGGUGGUUGGAUUUAUCCUUACAGUUGCAAAUUUCAGUUUCUUCACUUCCUUGUUCGUAUUUUUUGUUACUUCUUCAAAGCUUACUAAAUGGAAAAAAGAUAGAAAGCGGCAGAUAGAUUCAGAAUACAAAGAAGGUGGACAGAGGAAUUGGGUGCAAGUAUUCUGUAAUGGUGGAGUUCCUACUGAGCUGGCUAUCUUAUAUAUGAUAGAAAAUGGACCAGGUGAAAUUCCUAUUGACUUUUCAAAGCAGUACACAGCAUCAUGGAUGUGCUUAUCCCUUCUGGGAGCUUUGGCAUGCUCUGCUGGUGAUACCUGGGCGUCGGAGAUAGGCAGUGUUAUGAGUAGAAGCGAGCCAAGGUUGAUAACAACCUGGAAAAAGGUUCCAGUAGGUACUAAUGGAGCAGUUACUUUGGUGGGCCUGCUCUCAAGUUUGCUUGGAGGCAUGGCAGUAGGUACAGCCUACUUCAUAACACAGCUCAUUUUCGUGAGUGAUCUGGAAGUAUCUGCUCCGCAAUGGCCCCUUAUUGUGUUUGGUGCAGCAGCUGGUUUACUGGGAUCAAUUGUGGAUUCAUAUUUGGGAGCUACGAUGCAAUACAGCGGUUUUGACCAGAAUAUUGGCAUGGUUGUCAACCACGAAACCAUAGACUCCAAGCACAUAUCUGGAAAACCUAUAUUAGACAACAACGCAGUAAAUCUUUUUUCAUCAAUAAUCAUUGCUUUGGUGCUUCCAGGCAUGGCCUGGUAUUUCUGGCCCAGGGGUUGAAACGGUUUCAGGUUUUCUGCAUGUGAUUGAUUUAUGUUCAGUCCUACUC